CCUAGUGACCUCUGGCGGUGCUCGGGUUCAUACUUGCAUAGGCGAUCAGCAGCACUGGCGGCAGCGAAAAUGGUGGAGAAGGGGAGCAAGGGAAGGAAGGAGGAGGUGGUCACGAGAGAGUACACAAUUAACCUCCACAAGCGUUUGCACGGAUGCACCUUCAAGAAGAUGGCACCGAAGGCAAUCAAGGAGAUCAGGAAAUUUGCUCAGAAAUCCAUGGGCACCACUGAUGUCCGAGUUGACGUGAAGCUCAACAAGCACAUCUGGAGCAGGGGCAUUCGGAGCGUACCCAAGCGUGUAAGAGUGAGAAUUGCUCGCAAGAGGAAUGACGAGGAGGAUGCCAAAGAAGAGCUUUAUUCAUUGGUCACGGUCGCUGAGGUGCCACCUGAGGGGUUAAAAGGAUUGGGCACCAAGGUGGUUGACGAAGCAGACUAAAAUUUUCAGCAUAUCAUAAUUUAUAGACAAUUUUGAUGCUUCGUUCAUGUUAGAACUAGAUAUUAUUAGUAGAGAACCUUGUUAUCACUCGGCUUUGUGUUCAUUGCCAAUUCUUUAAAUACAUUUUAAACCUUGCAGUUAAUAUGUCCCUGUCUAACUUUUUAUGUACAAUGAACUAUGUUCUUUCGAUUUGAGCG